CAUCUCCCACGAACGCUGUCGCAUAAUGCGGCGCAUCUAUCUGCUUCCCAAUAAUGCGCUAACAACUCCUCAAUAAAUGCCCCAUAGCGGCGGCUACGCAGCGCAGCGCCCUGCCGCCGCCGUAGAAGACGACCAGAGGACGACGACGCUACCUUCCCUAAUCCCGAUUCUGGAGCGUGCGGCGGCGGCGGAGAGUAGUAGGCCUGCCGGCUCUUUGGCGCUGCAGAUUGACUGGAUAUGGAUCUAAUUCUCCCGUUCAAAGUUGGAGAUCUUGCCGAGUCAAAGUCUUUUGUUAAGGGUUACACAGGUGCAUGGUUCCGCUCCAAGAUUAUUGAUAUGCGUGUCAUAGAAUCUGGGCACCUUGAGUAUUACUUGGAGUAUAUUGACUAUACUGAAGAAGAGAAUGAAUGGAUCAGAGUCUUUCAAAAGAACCCACUCAGCCCAGCAUGCGGGGAAGGGAAAUCAAGUGAGAGUACUGAAAUAAUGUUGCGUCCUGCCUUUCCUCAUUGGUAUAGGGGGGGACAAGUUCCUGCGCGCUUUCCAAAGAAUGAGCUUGUUGCGAGUGUUUGUGAUACCUGGAAAGUAGGUGACAAGGUUGACGGGCAGUGUUCAGAUUGUUACUGGACUGCGGAAAUUAUUAGGUUGAACAGUAGAGAUGUGGUUCAGGUAAUGCUGUUGGAUCCUCCCAUGGGUGAAGGCGGGCAACAUCCUGCUAAGAAAAAGGACCUGAGGCCUGCACUUGAUUGGUCCAUCAUUAAAGGUUGGACUGUACCUCUUUCGGUGGCAAAAGGGAAAUCCUGGCAAGCUGCUCGUCUGGUUCAUCCUAAAUCUGAUAUAGAAGACAGCAUCACAGAUGAAGAUGAAGCCCCGGGAUCUCCAACCAAAAGGCCCUCAUCGGACACAAGCGGCAUAUCUAAGCUAAGCAAUCGGAUCGACACCAUCCUGGCGUCCACGGAAAAGUUGGAGCCGACACACGAAUCAUCAGACCCCAGUCGACGGGGUACCCACAGUUCCAGUAAGCGACAGAUAUCUCCUGCUACUGUCAAAGGAGCUGCUAUGGCAGAACCCGACGGGCCCUCUAAUGGAAACGGUUCCCGCCGCCGGUACCCCUUUCGGGUCCGGAGGAACGCAGCGGGGCAGCAGAGAUAAGCUGGUAAUGCUGCGCACUAAGUUGACCCCCCUAUGGGGUUGACGGGCAUUACGGAUACUUGGGGCCUGUUUGGAGUCCCUCCCGCUCUGUGACUCUGCUCCCGGAGUAGCCGUAGCCGCAGUUCAAUAUCAUGGAGCGAGGAAACAGGUACUCCGCGGAUCCUUGGGUUUGGUGGAGCUAGUGGUUUCCCGAACAGCUCCUUAGUGAUAUACCACAUAGCUCUAGAUACAUCGAGGAAAUGGUCGAUCGCUGUCUUUGCGGAAUCGGCCACAUAGGCACGUGACAUUUCUGAUGAGAGUAUCUGGGGUGUGAUCCAUUGACUGAUUGUUACUGUACUUGGUAAAAGUUGCGGACUUAAGGCUGGUUGUUACUCUGCCUCG